GCCGACAUGUCUGUUAUUUCUAGAUUGGAUGGAAAAGUUGCAUUAAUUACAGGGUCCAGCUCCGGUAUAGAGGCGGGAACAGCCAUUUUGUUUAGUAAACUUGGUGCAAAGGUAGCAAUCACAGGCAGAAAUGUUGACAAUCUGGCCAAAACAGCUGCCGAGUGUGAAAAGGGGAAUGGAGAAAAGCCGUUUAUUCUUAGCGGUGAUUUGACCAAGGAAGAUUUUGUUAAGCACCUUGUAGAAGAGACAGUAAAACAUUAUGGGAAAUUGGACAUACUGGUCAAUAAUGCGGGGAUAUUGAAAUCUGGAAGCAUUGAAACAACAACACUGGAACAGUAUGAUGAAGUUAUGAACAUUAACGUUAGAGCUAUUUACCAUCUGACAAUGCUUGCAGUUCCUCACUUGGUCCAAUCAAAGGGAAACAUUGUCAAUGUAUCUAGUGCUGUGGGUGUUAGAUCGGUUGAAGGAGUUUUGUCAUACUGUAUGUCCAAGAGUGCUAUAGAUCAGUUUACUAAAUGCACUGCAAUAGAGUUGGCCCCAAAGCAGGUCAGGGUAAACAGUUUAAACCCUGGUUUGAUUGCCACUGAGAUUUUUAAGACUAGCGGACUGGAUGAAGAGUCAUAUCAGAAGCAUGCGGGGAUGGAUAUCACGGUAAAAAUUGCACCAGGAGAUGUUCUUAUCCCUAUUUUGGAAAGGAAUGCCGUGAUAAGUGUAAAUUUUCCGUUGACGAUUGCAAUCAUAUGUAUGGUUGUAAAACAUCUUAAGAUGCAGCGUGUCAGAACAACAGGAGUAACUCCCAGAUAUCACAAACGAAGAGGAAUAAUAUGAUUUUCGGAAUAAUAUUUCUCUGUAUUAUAACGGUCUUACUUCAGAUUAAAUAUCUCAUAAUAUGCAUGCGAAGAUAAAAUAAAACACGUUCUUUGAA